AUGAAUUCAAAAGUCAUAAAAAUAUUUUUCACCAAGGUAAUUACAGAGCUCUCUCUCUCUCUCUCUCUCUCUCUCUCUCUCUCUCUCUCUCUCUCUCUAAAUUACAUCACUCUCUCUCUCUAUCUAUCUAUCUAUCUCUUUCUCCCUCUCUUCCCCUAUCUCUCUUCCCCUCUCUCUCUCUCUCUAUAUAUAUAUAUCUUCAGUUUCUUUCUCUUUCUCUCUUUACCUCUCUCUUUCUCUCUAUAUAUCUUCCUCUCUCUCUCUCUCUCUCUAACUAAAACGUCUCUAUUCUUUUUCUUUUCUUCUUUCUUAAAUUCCUUUCUUAAAUUCCUUUCUGAAAUUUGUAGAAUUUCUUUUCUUUUUAUUUAUUUAUUUUUUAUUUAUAAGAUUUCUUCUUUUUUAUUUAUUUAUUUUUUAUUUGACUUUUUCUUUCUUCGAUUUGUAAAAUUUCUUUCAUUUCUUCUUUCUUUCUUAGAUUUGUCCUGCGUGGUUGUAUGGUUAAUGUUUUUUUCUUCCUUCGAUUUCUCUUUUCUUUCUUUCUUCUCUCCAUUCCGUUGUUUCUUCCUUCUGUCAAUCCAUUUAAUUUCCUCUUCUCACCCCCACCGAUGCAUUUUUAGAUUUUCUUCGGGGGAGGAGCUGACAGUCAUGAUUUCUUGUCUUCUAUCAUCCCACGCCAUCAGACAGUGGGCAUUUGUUGACUUGAGCAGUUGUCGUCUUUUAGGCAACCUAACAAUCGAUCUUUACUCGGUGUUCCUUCUACCCAACUGGAGUCACUUCUUAACUGAUGUUUGUUGUUGGCACUUUAAGAAGUACAACAAAAACGACUGUAAUAAUCAUAACCUGAAGUCAACGCUUAAGUUGGUUUGUUCUCCAGCACAAUGUUAG